AUGCAUUGCUUACUAAGUCCCUGCAACUUUCUGGCAGCGCUGACAGUGUCCGCAGCCUGGAAGGGUGACGUUGCCAUCGUGUUAGAGGACUACUCCGGCGGAAUGGGCUGUCUUUUCGGAGGUGAGUCGUCAUGUGCUGGAGCCUGGCACAGCGUCCUUCUCUUUGCCUUUCCCGGAAUGCUGUAUACAUUGACGGAGUUCCAAGUUCUGCAAGCUGCCUCUGCCACAGCUUACUUCUUGCUCGCGGCGUUGCAGCUUCCCCUGCAAGACCUCGCGCUCUCAGUGCUUGAUGGCUCGAUGGCGGCAUUUCGGUUUUCGAUGCUGCCAGCAAUAGGGCUAGUGGCAGCCGGGCUGGUGCUCUACGGCCAUGGCUCCAGUCAAGCCAAGAGUUUGUUUGCUAUACCGGCAGCGGACGACCCGAUCAAGCAUCGCAAGCCACCCAGAGCGGAGAAGCUGUGGAUUCGUAUGGACCGGGACCGCAGUGGGACCAUCACAAGGGAGGAGCUUAUGUGCGAUGAGUUCCAGGAGAUUCUCAAGGUGCUGUGCCACAAGCCUCUUGAAGCGACUCGUCCUUUCCGCAUCGUUCUCUGGGGCGAGUCGAACGCAGCCUACGGCCGAUCCGAGAUCAACGUUCCGCAGGCAGUGGACUUCUGCAUGCGAAAGGCUGCGCAGAACGCCUCUGGUGAACUGUCCUUCGAGGAGUUCAGCUCUUUUCUGCGAGUAUCUUCCUUGGACUUGAAGGUUCUGCGCAGAGCAGGGGCCAGCAGUCGCAAAGCCGAUCUCAUCUUCGCGCUUUUUGACCUCGAUCAAAGUGGGUUUCUGGACAAGGAGGAAUUUCUGGAGGUCUAUCGCUACUUUUUGGGGCACCGACCAACUGUCGACAAGUUCGAGGAGGAAUGGGUGCCGGUCUCUGGCUGUAUAGUCAGCUUCAAGUUGGAUAUUGUCCAUCAUAAGUAUGAUGAAUGCUAUGUGCCAAGCAGUGAGGCAAUACUAGACGAGAAGGUGGAAGGCGCAGCACAUGCGUCUGGUGAAGCCCUGCUUUGGUUAGCCUAUCGUGCGCCCCACACGGGGUCUGGGCCCUUCCAUGCCCAUCGGCCUCUCGUGGCUGUCAGCAAGGCAAGCAAGGCUUUGGAACCAUUCCACCAUUGUGAUGCGGUGGCCCCAGCCGAUGUUGGAGCCUCGGCGCUUCUUGCACUGCCUAGGAGCCAGUGGCGACCGCUUUGGCUGCAGCCUCAUCUUUACAAUCUUGUUGUGACGGUGCAGAGGAUUGAUGCCAGGAAUGAACGCUGGAAUUGCCAAGACAACUCCCUUCUCAACAAGGUACUGAUGCCGCGCCAGAAGCACAUGUUUUCUCGAGUUCAGUCAGAAACGGAGCUUCGAAGGUUUUAUGCCCGGCACCCCCGAUGGGACGCUCAGUAUGAGAAGCUGGACAUGCCUGAACCAGUCAGGUUCCACUGGGUGAGCUGA